AUUUCUCGUUUCUCAUAUUUUGUUUAUCAUUUCGGCGCUGCGGUGACAGACGAACGCUAGUUGUAACUUUUAUUUCAAGGCUAUAAUAUAUAAAUCACACGAAUCCUGUCGAUAAAACAUAUAUUUUGUUAAACUGUAUAAGAAUAAAUGGCUGAUACACCUAUUUGGUGUGUUAUUGAGUAUGAUGGUGGUGGUGUACAAAUUGAACCUAAAAGUUGAACGGACACUGGGUCAUCAGGAACCAGCUAUUGGCCCAAACGAGGAGUUUUUAUUUCAGACCUACAAUACCUUAAUGCAGUAAAACAUAAUACAAGUCCUGAAAUAACUUGGCCAGACUGUAAGACAUCUACACUGGGAUUCUAUGAUGACUUCGAAGAUGCCAAACGUAAACUAAAAAAAUCUGAAGUCAAUGCAGACCUUAACACAGAUGUGGAAAAAGAAAAAAAAAGCCGAAAAAAGUGGAAGAAAAAAAAAACAUUUGUUAGUUCUAGUGACAAUCCUGAACCUUAAGUAACGCCCGCUAUUAAAAUAAAACUAUUUCCUAAACCACAACAACCAAGUACAUUGCCACAAAGUUUAUAUUUAAAUGAAUCUGCAUUGCAUUUUCCUGAAAAAUUACGCUCUCACAGAAUCCCUUUCUAAAUUUUCCGUAUCAACUACAUCAUUUACCACAUAGUAAAUAUUAUAAAUAAUAUAAUUAUUCGAUUUGAUUUAAAAGUACACAACAAUAGCAAAUAGAUUAAAUACAGUAAUUUUAUAAUAUACAUUGCCUUUGCGAUUCUUUGACCGGUCCACUCCCAUCCAGCCACUAUUACACAAAUAACAAUUUAUAAUAAUAUCGACAUCAUGAAUUCACGCGCAUCUUUGAGUUGCUUGCUGGCCGUCAUAGCCAACUUCAUCCCUGAGGCGGCCCUGAGCGGCGCCCGCAUUGUGUCACGUCUGGUCAUAAUGGCUGACCGCAAUUCGAACUUGUUGAUCGUCCUCAAAAAAGCCGUCAGCGCCGGAUCCAAAAUCACCGAUCCAAUUACAUUUGUGAUAAAAAUUCCACCGAUUAAGAUUACCGCUGGCGACAGCGUUAUGGAAAUCCAGUGCUGUGAACCCAAUGUUAUCUUCACCAACGAAGAGAGACACAUGUUUUGCCAGUCAAUGGACGACCACAUGUUACGCACGGUGUACCGGUGUCACGAUGUCACGCUAUACGACGACGGCAACCCCGAAAACGUGACAGUGGUGUACUGGACGUUGGUCAAGACGGCGUGGUACCAGCUCACGUUCCUGGCCCUGACCAUAUUGCCGUUCUGUUUAAUGGUGAUAUCCGCACUAGUAUACCACCUCUCAGAAAACAUCUGUUCUACUGAAACCAUAUAA